CCACGUGUUGAGUGAAAGGAGGGUGGGGCUGCCUCUGCAAAGGAAUUAUGUCAUGUGGUAAAAUGAGAUAAUCAACACACAGCAAUGUGAAGUAGAUAUCACAACACAGCUCCAAUCAACCCAUUGACAAUGGAGUCUGAGAGUACAGCAUUACUGCAGACAAGGAGCAGCACUGGUCGAGUUGGGCUAGUCCUUGUAUUUGCCCUCAUGGCUUGCACUGGAGGCAUCUUAGGAGGGUACAGUCAUGGUUUCCCAUCUCCAACUCUACUACAGCUGGAAAUCGCCUACGAGAAUGGAGAACGUACAACUGCAUUUUCCAGUAAAAGCAUCUAUGAAGGCUUGUUUGGGGCCAUUGGUCCGAUUGGUGGACUGUUUGGGGGCUCAAUUGCAGGUCCUGUGUCCGAUCGCUUUGGUCGUUCAGCUGCUCUCGUACUGAUGAGCGUCCCUCACCUGAUUGGUUGGCUUACCCAGGCCUAUGCUCCACUAAUGCCUACCUUUGAUAGUUUUGUGUCAGUUCUCAUGAUUGGACGAUGGUUUACCGGAUUCGGUACCGGCUGGGGAUCACUUGUCAUUACUGUGUACAUGGUGGAGAUCUCCCCUGCAAAGCUCAAGGGUUUAUUUGGUUCCAUGUUCUGGUUCUCUAGUUCAAUUGGUAUCUUGUUGGUGUAUGCUCUCGGAGCUAUUCCUGGAUUUUCUUACUCCAGUCUCUCUCUCUCAACUGCUGGGCUGGUACUCGUGUGUGUAACUCUCUACUGCUUCCUACCAGAGACUCCUCGGUGGCUAGCUGUCAAUCAGAGGCUUGAAGAGUCAUACAAAGUCUUGAAACGCCUCAGGGGAAAGGACACAGAUAUCAGUAUGGAGAUGAAAGAACUACAAGAUAAUAUUGCAGAGACUGGAGAGCUAACGUGGAAAAUAAAACUGUUGUAUCUCACAAACAAAUCCGCUUACAAGCCAUUAAUUUUAUCGGUGAUUCUAAUGAUGUUUCAGCAAUUCACUGGAAUCAAUGUAGUGCUCUUCUAUGCCGAAACUAUCUUACACGAUGCUAGGGUAGUAAACGCAGACCAAGUGGCUGGUUUUGCUGUUGGAUCUACUCAAGUACUGGCUGUGUUUGUGGCUGUUGUUUUGGUGGACUACUUGGGCCGAAAGGUGCUCCUUGUUACAAGCAGUGUCCUGAUAUGCAUCAGUACUGGAAUGCUGGGUCUCUACUACUUCCUAACAGACUUUGUUUGCAGCCAGUACAAUGUUACAGAUAUGGUGAUGACGAAUACAUCAAAUUUGCCAUUUUAUUGCGAUCCCAUCUCCAGCAAUUUUUUCAUAUUAGCAAUCGUUAGUGUUCUGUUGUCUAUUAUCGGAUUCUCUAUCGGAUGGUCUACGUUACCGUGGGUCAUGAUCAGUGAAUUAGCCCCCCUUCGAGUGAGAGGUGUUUUGAGUGGUAUAGCCAUCUUUGUCAACUGGAGUUCAGCUGCAUUUGUAACAUUUGUUUUCCCGUUGUAUCAGAACGUAGUCCAGCACUAUGGUAGCUGGUGGACUCUCACUGUCAUCACCUUCCUCAGCAUUCCAUUUGUUAUAUUCUUCAUACCCGAAACUAAAGGCAAGAGUCUGGAGAAAAUUGAGGAAGGAUUCAAGUCAAGAACUAAAAACAAUAAAAGAUGUCUUGAAGAUUUUCUGGGCAGUAUGGAGGCUGGUCUAAUAGCAGCUAGCGACUUUGAAAGUACUCUGGAGGGAGACAAGACUAGGCCACUAGCUCCAGUAUUCAAGUUUCCUCUAAUAGAACUUGGGAAAAGCUUCAAGACAAGUAAAACGUCUGAAGAGAGAAGCCAAACAGGUCAAGUGGGCCCAGUGCUGCUUUUUGCCAUCAUAGCAUGUGUCGGUGGAGUCCUGGGCGGUUACAGCCAUGGAUUCCCUUCUCCCACACUCUAUGAGCUGGAAAUUUCCUACCAGAGUGGAGAGAGAGUCACUGCAUUCUCCAGUAGCAGCAUCUAUGAAGGCUUGUUUGGGGCCAUUGGUCCCAUUGGUGGACUGUUUGGGGGCUCAAUUGCAGGUCCUGUGUCCGAUCGCUUUGGUCGUUCAGCUGCUCUCGUACUGAUGAGCGUCCCUCACCUGAUUGGUUGGCUUACCCAGACCUACGCUCCACUAAUGCCUACCUUUGAUAGUUUUGUGUCAGUUCUCAUGAUUGGACGAUGGUUUACCGGAUUCGGUACCGGCUGGGGAUCACUUGUCAUAACUGUAUAUAUUGUGGAGAUCUCUCCUGCAAAGCUCAAGGGUUUAUUUGGUUCCAUGUUCUGGUUCUCUAGUUCAAUUGGCAUCUUGCUGGUGUAUGCUCUCGGAGCUAUUCCUGGAUUUUCUUACUCCAGUCUCUCUCUCUCCACUGCUGGUCUGGUACUCGUGUGUGUGACCCUCUACUGCUCCCUACCAGAGACUCCUCGGUGGCUAGCUGUCAAUCAGAAGAUUAAAGAAGCUCGCAAAAUAUUGAAAACACUCAGAGGCAAAGAAACAGACAUAAGUGUCGAGAUGAAAGAGCUUCAAAAGAACAUUGAAGAUAGUGGAAAAUUGACAUGGAAAACAAAACUAAAAUAUCUCACGAAUAAAUCUGCUUACAGGCCAUUAAUUUUAUCAGUGAUUCUGAUGGUGUUUCAGCAAUUUACUGGGAGCAACGUAGUGUUAUUCUACGCAGGGACUAUACUGUUGGACGCUGAAGUUGUAAACGCUAGUCAAGUGGCUGGUUUUGCUGUUGGAUCUACUCAAGUACUGGCUGUGUUUGUGGCUGUUGUUUUGGUGGACUACUUGGGCCGAAAGGUGCUCCUUGUUACAAGCAGUGUCCUGAUAUGCAUCAGUACUGGAAUGCUGGGUCUCUACUACUUCCUAACAGACUUUAUUUGCAGCCAGUACAAUGUUACUGCAGUUAAUGUGACCCAACUACCCGUUUACUGCGAUCCCAUUUCAAGCAACUUUUACUCCUUAGCUAUUUUCAGUAUUUUAUUGUUUAUAAUUGCGUUUUCUAUUGGCUGGUCUACGAUACCCUGGAUUAUGAUGAGCGAGCUAUCUCCACUCAGGGUCAGAGGAAUCGUUAGCAGUAUAGCCAUCUUUGUCAACUGGAGUUCAGCUGCAUUUGUAACAUUUGUUUUCCCGUUGUAUCAGAAUGUAGUCCAGCACUAUGGUAGCUGGUGGACUCUCACUGUCAUCACCUUCCUCAGCAUUCCAUUUGUUAUAUUCUUCAUACCCGAAACUAAAGGCAUGAGUUUGGAGAAAAUUGAAGAAGGAUUCAAGCCUAAAGAUGACAGUGAAAUUACAACAGCUGUAUAAUUAAUUUUUAUUGCCAUAAUUAUUUACAUAUCGGUAAUUAUAAUAUUAAUUAAAUUUUUAUAAGCAGAAAAAAUUCUUAUUAUUGCGUAACAAACACAACCAGAGUUCGUGUUCAAUG